GUGCGCAUGCGCCAGAACAGCAGGGCUUGGCGGGAAGCUGAGUGCUGAUCGCGGAGCCGCACCGUCGGUCCUCAGCAAGCAUAGGCGCGCUCGCGACUCUAUUUCCCGGCGUGCCACUCGGUGCGGCCGCCCUCUGGGCUAUGUAAAGGCCCUUUGGUCUAAGGCUUCCCUAUUUCCUGGUUCGCCGGCGGCCAUUUUGGGUGGAAGCGAUAGCUGAGUGGCGGCGGCUGCUGAUUGUGUUCUAAGGGGACGGAGUGGGGGAAGACGUUUGCUCUCCCGGAACAACCUAUCUCAUUCCUUUCCUUCAAUUACCCGUGGCGCGGAGAGUCAGGGCGGCGGCUGCAGCAGCAAGGGCGGCGGUGGCGGCGGCGGCAGCUGCAGUGACAUGUCCAGCAUGAAUCCCGAAUAUGAUUAUUUAUUCAAGUUACUUCUGAUUGGCGACUCUGGGGUUGGAAAGUCUUGCCUCCUCCUUAGGUUUGCAGAUGACACAUAUACAGAAAGCUACAUCAGCACAAUUGGUGUGGAUUUCAAAAUAAGAACUAUAGAGUUAGAUGGGAAAACAAUCAAGCUUCAAAUAUGGGACACAGCAGGCCAAGAAAGAUUUCGAACAAUCACCUCCAGUUAUUACAGAGGAGCCCAUGGCAUCAUAGUUGUGUAUGAUGUGACAGAUCAGGAGUCCUUCAAUAAUGUUAAACAGUGGCUGCAGGAAAUAGAUCGUUACGCUAGUGAAAAUGUCAACAAGUUGUUGGUAGGGAACAAAUGUGAUCUGACCACAAAGAAAGUAGUAGACUACACAACAGCAAAGGAAUUUGCUGAUUCCCUUGGAAUCCCAUUUUUGGAAACCAGUGCUAAGAACGCAACGAAUGUAGAACAGUCUUUCAUGACGAUGGCAGCUGAGAUUAAAAAGCGAAUGGGCCCUGGAGCAACAGCUGGUGGCGCAGAGAAGUCCAAUGUUAAAAUUCAGAGCACUCCAGUCAAGCAGUCAGGUGGAGGUUGCUGCUAAAAUUUGCCUCCGUCCUUUUCUCACAGCAAUGAAUUUGCAAUCUGAACCCAAGUGAAAAAACAAAAUUGCCUGAAUUGUACUGUAUGUAGCUGCACUACAACAGAUUCUUACCGUCUCCACAAAGGUCAGAGAUUGUAAAUGGUCAAUACUGACUUUUUUUUUAUUCCCUUGACUCAAGACAGCUAACUUCAUUUUCAGAACUGUUUUAAACCUUUGUGUGCUGGUUUAUAAAAUAAUGUGUGUAAUCCUUGUUGCUUUCCUGAUACCAGACUGUUUCCCGUGGUUGGUUAGAAUAUAUUUUGUUUUGAUGUUUAUAUUGGCAUGUUUAGAUGUUGGGUUUAGUCUUCUGAAGAUGAAGUUCAGCCAUUUUGUAUCAAACAGCACAACCAGUGUCUGUCACUUUCCAUGCAUAAAGUUUAGUGAGAUGUUCUAUGUAAGAUCUGAUUUGCUAGUUCUUCCUUGUAGAGUUAUAAAUGGAAAGAUUACACUAUCUGAUUAAUAGUUUCUUCAUACUCUGCAUAUAAUUUGUGGCUGCAGAAUAUUGUAAUUUGUUGCACACUAUGUAACAAAACAACUGAAGAUAUGUUUAAUAAAUAUUGUACUUAUUGGAAGUAAUAUCAAACUGUAUGGUGAUAAGUAUUGUUUUAAUUCUUAUGGUUAAAGGGAAAUAGAGCCUUGCAUUAUACUGAAAACAGACAUUUGUGUGUGCAACCAGGGCAUUGUAGACCUACCUGUAGCGCAGCAUCCAGUUAUUUGCUUUCUAGAUUAUAGACCUGAUAAAUGACCUAGGGCAGCUUCUGUGCUGUGUAGGGAUUUAAUCAAUUUUAGUGGUUCAAGAAGCUCAAAUUGUAUGGAAAACAAGUUUAGAAUGUAUGCUGUCUAGCCCCACCAUCUCUGAUGCUUCUCUAAAAUCAUUUGAAAUGGCUCCACUGAUCAAGAGUUUGUUAAUUCAUCUGUGGUAGCAGCGAAGAGCGGCACACCCUUCAUAAUUGGCAAAUGAUCAGAUAAUGUGUGCUGAAGUUUCUUCCAUGCUCUGAGUCAGAUGUCAACUAUUUUGUCCUUCACAAUUGUAUAACUCAUGUUGGAGAGUUUAAGCAUUAAAGGAGAAAGCAGGAAACUUGAGUGCCCUAAUUUUAGAAAUUAUAUCCCUAAAAAUUAACUGAAAACAUAAAUGCUGGGUGGGAAUUAUAAAUGAGAAAAAUAUAUUUAUUUCAGUGAAAUUUUGCAUGUGUGAAAAUUUUGUUAAAUAGGACCUUCAGGAUUCUAGGGUUUGUUUUUAUUUUUAUUGUGGAAAACAAGUCUUUUGCUGACACUACCAUUUUAAGGUGACAGAAGUCAAGGACUGUUUCUUUAGGUUGAAGCAACAGCCAAAACAUUCUUCACAUAUGGGCUUGGGAUGUGGCUGUUGGCAACACAUUUUAUUGUGGGGUCUUUAAUGAGAAAACUUAAGUUAAAAAACAAGCCAAAAAUUAUAGGUUUUUUUAAUUUUUAUUUUUCACUAAACAGGCAAUUGAAAUACAUGGUACAAAAAUAAGUGGUAAGAUUAUUGUAAAAAUGAAAUGGACAGAAUAAAUAUUCAAUUUAAUUUUCCAUCUAUGAGAAUUUCACAAUAAAAUCAUAGUUUACUUUGUAUUAUAGACGUGCUUGUUGGAUCUAUUCAUCCUUACAUAAGGCAACUGACAAAUUCCUGAAGUCACCAAUAGUUAUUUGGGUGAAUAUCUUGUUUUUAAUGCUUUAAAAAAAAAAAGUUUCUUUUGCCUUAUCAAUACAGUAUAAAGUUCAGAAAAUAUUUUCUAAAAUAGCUAAAUGAUAUAAAACUGAUACUAGACAAUGUGAUGCCAUGCACUUUAGUUUCAUACAGCAAAAGAUGUUUAAAUGGUUAGCUUAUUCUUGGUGAGUUAGCAGAAAAACAUUACAUGAAUUUAAUAUGUAAGCAUAUCUACAGACUUAGUUUGGGAGAACUGUAGUGUUCUUCCCCC